ACUGGGUCUGGCGACGAGGCCGAAAGCCACAAAUCUGGGUCUGGUCAAGCGCGAGAUCGAGAUCGGCCACGAAGUAUCUGGAGGCGGAAAUCUGGGGCAUGUCGUCAGCCACCUCGUUUGUUCGAGACUGCUGAUAUCGGCAUCGGUUCAUUCUGACCUCUCUCGAAUAAUAACCUAUAGGUACACAUGUUACACGUACACCGACCUCGAAACUACUUAUUGCACGUGCAGCAGAAACAGGAGAUCUUGCAGAAUGGAUCACACAGAAGACACUUCCUUCAAAGGGCAUUGUGCCCGUGUACUCUCAGAAGAAGACCGGGAGAAGCUGCAGAAACAAGACAACCGACUUGUUUCAUCAUUUCAAGCUCAGCAACUUGAAAAAAAUGCUAAAAAGCACUGGGACCUUUUCUACAAACGAAAUGAGACAAGAUUUUUUAAAGACCGUCACUGGACUACAAGAGAGUUUAUUGAACUAGUUGGUUGUGCUGAGAAUAAACGAACUCUUCUUGAAGUCGGCUGCGGCGUUGGGAAUCUCAUUUACCCUCUUGUGGAGGAAGGCAUGAAUUUUUUUGUGUAUGCAUGUGAUUUAUCUCCAAGAGCUGUGGACUUUGUUAAGUCUAAUGUCAAUUAUGAUGAGUCCAGAAUGAAAGCCUUUCAAUGUGAUAUUACUACUGAAAAUAUUUUUGCAGAAAUUUCUUACAGUUCAGUUGACAUAGUUACAUUAAUAUUUGUGCUUUCUGCCAUUCACCCAGAUAAAUUUACUGUCACUUUAAGUAAUAUUUUUAAGAUAUUAAAACCAGGAGGAAUUUUAUUGCUUCGUGAUUAUGGUCUGUAUGAUAUGGCUCAACUAAGGUUUAAGCCUGGCAAUAAAAUAUCUGAAAAUUUCUAUAUGAGACAGGAUGGAACUAGGUCCUAUUUUUUCUCAGAGGAAUAUCUCAAAGAAUUAAUGUUGAAAACUGGAUUUGAAAUUAUAGAAAAUUCCUAUGUCCAAAGAAAAACUAUAAACAUAAAAGAAGAAGUUGAUGCUGACCGAGUUUUCAUUCAAGGAAAAUACCGCAAACCAGCUGUUUGUUCAUAGUUUUGUUCUGUAUGGUUAAAGAAUCAAUUUGUGUAAAUGUGAUUUUUUUUCUAUUAAAAAAAGAAAAAGGUU